CUCCUCCCAUUGACUGGCCCCCAGCUUCCAUUCUCCUAAAAAAAAAAAGAAGGAGAGAAGAAACUCCAGUGUUAUCCCGAAUCCAUGUUGCAACUUUUCCUACCCCGAAAUGACAAGUACAUAACUUUGCUGCACAGAGGAGGAGAGACAAAAUGUCUCCCAAAGUCCCUGCCGGCCAAGGCAGAGAGGACUAUUCUGCCGUCCAAGUUGCAGUUCGAGUUCGUCCGCUGCUGCCCAAGGAGCUCCUGCACUGCCAUGAGAGCUGCAUCACCGUGGACCCUGAGCUGAACCGCGUCACCCUGGGUCAUGAUCGCCACUUUGUUUGUGACUUCCUGUUUGAAGAGACUUGCUGUCAGGAGGAGGUUUAUUCUGCCUCCGUCCAGCCGCUCAUAGAUGCAUUCUUUCAAGGUUUCAACGCCACAGUGUUUGCCUAUGGCCAGACAGGCUCAGGCAAGACUUACACCAUCGGAGAAGCUAAUAUUAGUUCCUUCAGAGAUGAGGAGCAGGGCAUCAUUCCCAGGGCUGUUGCUGAUGUUUUCAAGCUGCUCGAUGAAAACGACCUCACAGACUUCUCUGUACGAGUUUCCUAUUUGGAGGUCUACAAAGAAGAGUUCAAGGACUUACUGGAGGUCAAGACGGCCAGCAAGGACAUCCAUAUCCGGGAGGACAAAGGGAACAUUGUAUUGUGUGGCGUAAAAGAGAGUGAAGUAGAGGGUCUUGACGAGGUGUUGAGCUUGCUAGAGUCAGGAAACACAGCCAGACACACCGGAUCAACCCAGAUGAAUCCAAACUCCAGCAGGUCUCACACCAUUUUCACCUUGCAUAUGGAUCAGCGUCGUGGAAGCACUCGACUUUAUGCGACCGCUGGAAGCACUGGACCGCAAGUGUUAUCUUCCAAGUUCCACUUUGUAGACUUGGCUGGGUCAGAGCGGAUCUUAAGGACUGGUAACACUGGAGAGAGACUGAAAGAAAGCAUCCAAAUCAACAGCGGCCUUCUGGCUCUGGGUAACGUCAUAGGGGCCCUCGGUGACCCAAAGAGGAAAGGCUCUCAUAUACCAUAUAGAGACUCUAAAAUCACAAGGAUACUAAAAGACUCUCUUGGAGGAAAUUCGAAAACACUGAUGAUUGCCUGCAUCAGUCCAUCAUCCUCAGACUUCGACGAGAGUCUGAACACACUGAACUAUGCAACGAGGGCCAGAAACAUUCAAAACCGAGCUACGGUCAACUGCAAGCGCGAACCGGAUCGUGUGGAAGGACUGGAGCAGCAGAUCAAAGCCCUUCGAAGGGCUCUGGAAAACCGUCAGCGCUCCGAGACACGAAUCAUUGCUCACGCCGAUCCAAACAGGAGACCUAGAGUCGGAGAAGCAGAGAUCAGCAGGCUGCAAGCACAAAGCGCUCACUACAGGACUUGUACAGACACCGCUUACAGGUUGCUGGGGGAGCUUCAGAGCGAGGGGACUUUAACCGCAGAGCAGAGUCUGAGGGUGAAGGAGUGGCUUUGCUCGGUGGAGGAGGAGCGGAGCGGACUCACAACCGCCUCCGGACCAGACAGCGGCAUCGAGAACAGCUCCACUGAGGACAGCGUCGCGUUGAGAAGAGCCAGGCCUUCUAUCAGGAAUCAGGACACAGAAGCUGUGGAGGAGAGCUGGGACGAUGAUCAGGACCAUGAGAAAGAAGAGAGUGUUGUUCAUCUUCAGUCGGAAAUCCAACGGCUGGAGAAGGAAAACACUGAUUUCUUAGCAGCACUGGAGGACGCUAUGGAGCAAUACAAGCAGCAGAGUGACAAGCUGCAGGAGCAGCAGGACCUGAUAACAGAGCUGCAGUACCAGCUGUCCACUCUGGGGCUGAUGGGUAUGGGGCUCAACUUGAGAUUUAGACCACACACCGCCCCCAUGGGCUCCAUGCAGCAUGGGCAGAAUGGAAACGCAUAUAGACAGGUGAGCUUGAUGGGUCAUAUUGGACAAGUUCCUGAUCAGGAUGGAAAACUUUAUGAGGACCAAGAGAUCCCAGGAGGAACAGAGGCCUGCAACAGGGAAAAAGAGGCCAAUCAUCCAAAUGUCAGCCAGGAGAAAUGCAGGCCAGUGAACCUGACCUGGACCAAGCGGGACUUGCUUUCAGGUGGACUGAAGGCUCCCUCUUCUCAGGCUGAACCCGAUCAGCACCCAUGUUUAGCCAGAAAAGCAUCUAAUUCCAGCAGCGGGGAAAGUCUCAGAAGCUUUGAGGGAAUAUCAGAGUGCGGACUUCUUCAGGCACAGCAGAAGAUCAGGGAGCUGUCUGUCACCAUCCGCAUGAAGGAAGAACUCAUCAAGGAACUGGUCAAAACAGGGAAGGAUGCUCAGGCCCUGAAUAAGCAGUACAGCCAUAAGAUCUCGGCUCUGGAAAGUGAAGCUGUGCAGGCGCGUCAGGAGCUGCAGGAGGCUCAACGUCAGCUGCAGGAUCUGGAGAAACAAGAGAGAGAAAUAAGCACAACAGACAAGAGCAGAGCGCAGGAAUGUCGCAGGAAGAUAGCUGCUGCUCAGAGCAGAGUUCAGGUGCUCAGUCAGCGGCAGAGGGAUACGGCACGCCUGGCCAACCUUCCUGUCCAGAGUGAGCGCCGUGUGUCGGAGCUGGAGAGAAGCGUCCAGUCCAUGAAGCAGCAGCAGGAGCAGCUGCAGAGGCGUCUGCGUGAGGAGAGCCAGCAGAAACGCCGCCUGGAGACUGAAAUGCAGCGAAGGACUCACAGAGUCAAGGAACUUGAGAUAAAGAAUGAGCAGCAGCAGAAGAUCCUGAGAAUAAAGACGGAGGAGAUUGCAGCCUUCCAGAGACAGAGACGCAGUGGAAGUAAUGGAUCUGUGAUUUCAUUAGAAGAGCAACAGAAGAUUGAGGAACAAAAGCGCUGGCUGGAUGAGGAAAUGGAGCGUGUUCUAGAUCAGAGGAGAGCGCUGGAGGAUCUGGAAGGAGAACUGACGAAACGAGAGGAAAUCCUGGCCAAGAAAGAAGCUUUGCUGCAGGAACGCAGCGGCCUGGAGACCAAGAGGCUCCGCUCCAGUCAGGCCUUGAGUAAGGAUUUGGUGACACUUACUGGGCGCAUCGAGACACUGGAGCAAGAGCUAAGUGAGAGGAAUGGCCUCCUUCGCAGCAGCAGCGCUCAGGACUCCCAACAUAUACGACAAGAGAUCUCGAACCUGCGGCACGAGAAAGACUCGCUGCUCAAGCAGCGUGUUGAGCUGGAUGAUAAACUGCGGAAGGGAAACCUGCUCUCACCCGAGGAGGAGCGGAUUCUUUUCCAGCUGGACGAGGCGAUUGAAGCUUUGGACGCUGCUAUUGAAUACAAGAAUGAGGCCAUCACUCAGAGGCAGAGGCAGCUCAGGGCUUCUGCCAGCAUGCUCUCCCAGUGGGAAAUGAACCUCAUGGCCAAGCUCAGCUAUCUGUCCGCCUCUGAGACCAGAGCUCUGCUGUGCAAAUACUUUGACAAGGUGGUGUCUCUGCGUGAGGAGGAGCGAAAGCUGCAACUGGCGCUGGCCGAGCUGGAGAUGCAGCUGGACGAGCAGCAGCGGCUGGUGCAGUGGCUGGAAAACGCCCUCGACCGCGCACAGCUCGACACAGACCGGCGGCUCACGCAGCAGCAGAAGGAACACGAGAGGAGCAUGCAGCUGCUGCUGCAGCAGUGUCGAGAACAAAUGGACGAAGGCCUAGCAGGACGGCGGCGGCAGUACGAAGGACAGAUCCAUAAUCUUACCAAGGAACUCAACCACUACAGGACAGCAAAUCUGGAGCUUAGCAACAAACUGCGAGAUGUCUUUGGUUCAGUCAGUCAGCCUAAAGAGCUUCCCAAAGUCUUAGCCUCUGAUGCCAAACCUACAAACCUGGGCAGCCGAAGCCCUGAGGACGGUGCUGGAGGCAGAGGGACAGGACAUCCUGACAAACCCAGCAGGUCCAGGGAGGAAAUGAGAGAACUGGUGAACACCCCUCUUCCGUCCACGUGGAGGCGCUCUUCUCUCCCAUCAGAGGAGCCUGCUGUCAUGGAGGAACUGUGGGUUCAAGCAGCCGGAGACUCUCCUGUUAACCGUGUAGUUCAGACGGGGAUGGGGUCCUGGGGGCCGCAGACCUCCCUGCCUGCUGUUAAAUCCCGCAGAGAGUCUCGUCGCUCCAGCCUCAACUACGCACAACAGCCAUCAAACAACGUUUUGAUUGACGUACGGAAGAAUCCUGUAUGAGUGGAACUGAAUCCACAGUGAAACUUUCCCUUUUGGUGGCUGAAUUAUGUUAAAUUUGCUAUUUUGUGUUUUUUUUUUAUUUUUUUUUUUAUCCAGUUUCAUAUUAUGUUUUCAAAGGAAAUUCCACAGAUUUUUCUGCAAAGCACUUUUUCUUAAAAUAAAAUUGUUCUCAUGCUGA